AUGCACCGUAUCCGCACAUGGGCGCGAGCAAAGGCCCAUGGUAGUGCCCCAGUCCCCGCGAGCGGCAGAAGAACAUCUGGGCCCAGGAGUUCACCAGCUCCCGGAUUCCCUCGACCCAAUGAUCUCGCAACCGUCCCCAGUGGCCAGUUGGCCGCAGGUCCUGAAGCGCCAUCUGCGAGGGAGAAGUCUCAGCCCGAGAAGAAGAAUGUUGCCGUUCGUUUCUUCACCACACUCAAGAUGAUCCUCUUCUCGAGUUGGAUCAAUCUUCUCUUGGUAUUUGUCCCGGUCGGCAUAGCGGUUGAGUUUGUGCCCGGUACCUCAGCUGGCAUUGUCUUCGCCAUGAAUGCGAUUGCUAUCAUCCCCCUCGCCGGACUACUCAGCUACGCCACAGAGAGCGUUGCUGCGAGGCUUGGUGACACAAUUGGCGCGCUUAUGAACGUCACUUUCGGCAAUGCGGUCGAGCUGAUCAUUUUCAUCAUCGCGCUCGUCAAAAACGAAAUUCGCAUCGUCCAGGCGUCGCUCCUGGGAUCGAUUCUCGCUAAUCUGCUCCUCAUUUUGGGCAUGUGCUUCCUACUUGGCGGCCUUCGUUUCCGAGAACAAAUCUACAACAGCACGGUUACUCAGAUGAGUGCUUGCCUCCUUAGUUUGAGUGUCAUGAGCCUUCUGUUGCCGACAGCGUUCCAUGCUUCAUUCCUGGACACCGAUGAUGCGAACCGAAAAGUUUUGCAAGUUAGCCGCGGAACCAGCGUUAUCCUCCUCCUCGUGUACUUGUUGUACCUCCUCUUUCAGCUGAACUCUCAUGCGUACAUGUAUGAGUCAACACCACAGCACAUUAUCGAACGGGAAUCAGUCCCUGGCCCUGCUGCACAGUACUUUAACUCAUCGUCGAGCUCAGAAUCUGAUUCAUCUUCCAGCUCUGACUCUGACAGCUCUGGCCAUUCUCAUAGCACGGCAAAGAGGAUAAAGCGCGCGAUGCGUGGCAAGAGAAGUCGAAAACAGAGCGUCGCUUCUGUCGACCCAGAGAAAACAUCCUCGGUUGCAUCACCUACUGGAGAAGGCCCGUCCACAAUCUCGUUACAGCGAGAGGACAGAUCAUCGGCUGACCAGAGCCACCCUGUCACCAUUCCAAUCCAACUGGACCAACAAGCCAUGGAGGAAAUUGAAGAGCUACAGUACGGUGACGACGAGACAAAUCGGAAGAAGCACAAACACAAGCACCGAAAACGCAAGGAUGGAGAAGCAAGUGUGCCUCUUAGCGAUGUGGUGGAGAGCUUACAGGUUGAGAAUGGCUCCACCACUAAGCGUGUGGACUUUGCCCUGGGACCAGACAUGGAAGGUCAGGACGGCUCGUCAAGUCGGCCGAAGCCCUUCUCGCUACGCACGCUCCGGCCGAACAUAUCCAAGAACUUCUCUCAGAACGUCUUCACCUCACCAAGCAACCAACCGCAGGACACGCCUGCUCGGCCCGGCAACCAAUUCGCUGGUGGCCUUCGAAGGACUCUUUCCUUGCCCACUGAGCAUCAGAGCUAUAGAGCAAACCCUGGCGCUCUGCCGCCCAUCAUUCCGGUUGUGGUCAACAGCCAGCCCAAGACAGUGACCGCCGAUGAGGAGGAAGAAGCAGAAGUGCACAUCUCCCGUACAACCGCCAUUGUUCUCCUUUUGGGUUCUACUGCUCUAGUCGCUCUAUGUGCUGAGUUUAUGGUUGACUCCAUCAAUGAGGUCGUUGAGGGCGGCAAUGGCAUUUCGGAAGCUUUCAUCGGUUUGAUCCUGCUCCCCAUCGUGGGUAACGCUGCAGAACACGUUACAGCUGUGACUGUCGCCAUGAAGAACAAGAUGGAUCUCGCCAUCGGCGUAGCGCUUGGCUCUUCGAUCCAGAUUGCGAUCUUUGUCACGCCUCUCGUGGUCAUCCUCGGAUGGUGCAUGAACAAGGACAUGUCUUUGUACUUCACCCUCUUCGAAACCGUCAGCAUGUUCGUUGCUGCCUUCAUCGUGAACUUCCUGGUCUUGGACGGCAGGAGUAACUACCUCGAGGGCGCGCUUCUUUGCUCGUCCUACAUCAUCAUUGCUGUGGCCGCGUUCUUCUACCCCAGUGCAGAGAAUGCGAACCAGCUUGGUGGAGGUGAGGACAACGGGACAAAUACUACAGAGGCGGUCGUCCAAGCCGCGACGAAGAUGAUGGCGAGGGCAUAUCUUGGCAUCGCGACCAGACUCACGAAUCUGCUUGAACGACGGCAGUCGUGUUGCCAAGAUGCAUUUACCAUUCUGGCCUCGUGGACCCGGUGCAGGUGGCGCGCAAACACCUUCAGUUGCAAGUCCAUUGCCGGCGAUGCCUAUACAGCUGCCAAGAACACCGACAUAUCCUUCAUCGCGGCCUUCUACUUCUUACACCAACGACUCACUUUCAUAUCCGAUGGCUUCCACGUAUGCAAGCCAGACACCAUCAACUUCGCACAUCUACAGUCGAUCCCAUUCGCGCCCGGUGGCAACUCCAGCCUACAGCUCCGCCUCCGGCCCGAAGCCCGCGGGAUAUCGCCGUCGGUUGGCAUUGCCUUUGUAAACAUCUCCACUGGCGAGGUCGUGCUGAGCCAAAUCUGCGACAACCAGUCCUAUGUCAAGACUAUUCACAAAAUGACCGUCUUCGAGCCGUCUCGCAUUCUUAUCGUCUCCUCGGCAUGCCCUCCGAAUCCGAAGUCUAGUCUCUUUGCGACCAUCGAGGAAGAACUUCCAGGGAUCAAUUGUGUUGCCCUAGACAGAAAGUACUGGUCGGAGACGGCGGGCUUGGACUUUAUACAGACCCUGGCUUUCCGUGAGGACAUUGAAGCGAUCAAGGUGGCAAUCCAGGGAAACUUCUAUGCCACCUGCUCCUUUUCAGCGCCCUCGGAGGAGUCAAUGAUGAUCGAUUUGUCCACCAUCCACUCGCUAGAGCUCAUUCAAAACAUUGAAAACCCGAAGUCUAAGGCGUGCUUGUACGGCUUGCUCAACCAGACGGUCACCCCAAUGGGUGCCAGGAUGCUGCGCAGCACCAUCCUCCAACCAUCAACACAAACUGAUGUCAUUCUGAGUCCACGCUACGAUGCCCUUGACGAGAUUUGUUCGAAGGAGGACGUGUUCUUCGAAGUUCGCAAGGGUCUGAAGGAAUUCACCGACGUGGAGAAGCUUUUGAGCCAGCUCAUCAUUUUGCCUACAAAAGCCGACCUGAGGGAAACCGAGCAAGCAAUCAACCAGGUUCUUCUGAUCAAAAAGUUCGUGCUGGCAGUGCCGCCUUUGUUUGAGUCUCUCGGAUCUGUGCGAUAUUUGCGCAAUCAAAGGGUCUAUGCCGUUAAGGCUGGGGUUCAGGGGCUACUGGACGUGGCCCGAAAGACUAACAAGGAAGCAACUGAUGAUCUCCACCAACACGUUGAGGACCUCAAUGCCGAUCUAGGCAUCGCCGGAGAGAUUAGGUUUGACAACGGCCGAAAAUAUUGGCUUCGCUUUCGAUGUUCCGAGUUCGAAGACGGUCGUAUCCCUGCAGCGCUCAUCAACUGCAUCCGCAAGAAAGAUUAUCUCGAAUGCCAGACAAUGCAAAUAGUGAAGCUCAAUCAGCGAAUCUCCGAUUCAGUUGACGAGGUCAUCAUGCAAAGCGACAAAGUCAUUCAGAGACUUCUUGAUGCGAUCCGACUUCAGGUACCCCAUCUAUUCCGAGUCUGCGAGAGCAUUGCUCUACUUGACAUGCUCGGGGCAAACAUCAAUGACAAAAGCCUGGCUAUUAUCGACGAGCUUGGCCGAGGUACAAGCACACGAGACGGCUCUGCAAUAGCGCUAGCUAUCGCAGAAGCUCUUGUUCAGAGCAACUCGUUCAUUUUCUUUGCCACUCACUUCACCGAACUUGCAAGUGCCCUCGGUACCCGACCGGGCGUUCUCAAUCUCCACUUAGCCACCGAAACCACCAUGACUGAAGAUGACCUGCCGAAGAUGACAAUGCUCUACAAAGUUACAUCAGGGCUAGUCCAGGAGGAGGAAUAUGGCAUCAAACUUGCACGUGCGAUUGGAUUUCCCGAGCGGUUCAUUGACACGGCGGUCACGGUGACGAACUAUCUGAAGAGACAGGCUGAAGUGAAGAAGCAGAACUCACAGGCAUGGAAAAUCACGAAGCGCCGCAAGUUGGUCUUGACCGUGCGUGAGAUGUUGCAGCAGGCGUAUGACAGCCAGAUGAGUGAAGCUACAUUAGCGAGCUAUCUACAGAGAUUGCAAGCAGAGUUCAUUGCGAGGAUGGAGGCAAUUGAGCUGGGAGCCCCCGUUGAAGAUGAUGGCGGCGAAGAAGAGGAGAUAUCGAGGCCUGAGACCAGCUCUGUCAUCCUGCAAGGUGAUGGUAAUGGUCGAAACCACCGGAACCAAGGCGACAAUGGGAAGAGAAUGGAGACUGCAAUUAUUAUUGAAGACAAUAGCAGUGACGAGGAGGAGGAUGAGCUUUGA